AUGGUUGAGAAGAAGCAUGGCAAGGGCCGUCUGGACAAGUGGUACAAGCUGGCCAAGGAGAAGGGCUACCGAGCCCGUGCCGCCUUCAAGCUGAUUCAGCUCAACAAGAAAUAUGGCUUCCUCGAGAACAGCAAGGUCGUCCUCGAUCUGUGUGCUGCGCCAGGUUCCUGGUGUCAAGUGGCCGUCGAGACCAUGCCUGCCAACGGCAUCAUCAUCGGUGUCGAUCUGUCACCCAUCAAGCCGAUCCCCAAGGUCAUCACCUUCCAGAGCGACAUCACGACCGAAAAGUGCCGCGCAACGAUCCGGCAGCACCUCAAGAACUGGAAAGCCGACACUGUCCUGCACGAUGGUGCCCCCAAUGUCGGCACGGCCUGGAUUCAGGAUUCGUUCAACCAGUCCGAGCUGGUGCUGCAGUCGAUGAAGCUGGCGACGGAGUUUCUGGUCGAGGGCGGCACCUUUGUCACCAAGGUCUUCCGCUCCAAGGACUACAACUCGCUGCUGUGGGUCUUCAACCAGCUGUUUGCCAAGGUCGAGGCCACCAAGCCGCCGUCGUCGCGCAACGUGUCGGCCGAGAUUUUCGUCGUGUGCCGCGGCUUCAAGGCGCCCAAGCGCAUUGACCCGCGCUUCCUCGACCCCAAGGCCGUCUUUGCCGAGCUGGCCGACCCGACGCCCAACAACGAGGCGCGCGUGUUCAACCCCGAGGUCAAGAAGCGCAAACGCGACGGCUACGAGGAGGGCAACUACACGCUGUACAAGGAGAUGCCGGCGAGCGAGUUCAUCCAGACUACGGACCCCAUUGCCGUGCUGGGCCAGUACAACACCCUGACGUUUGACCAGCCCAAGAACGGCGACGUGGCGCUGGCCGCGCUGGCCAAAAUGGUUGAGACGACGGACGAGAUCCGGCGGCUGUGCACGGAUCUGCGCGUGCUGAGCCGGCGGGACUUUAAGAUGCUGCUCAGCUGGCGUCUGCGGGUGCGCGAGCGGUUUGGAUUCCCGACGAAGAAGACGGCCGCCAAGCCGCUGUCGGAAGAGACGGCGGCCGUUGACGACAUGGACGAGGAGACCAAGAUCGAGAAGGACCUGCAGGAGAUGCGGGACCGCGCCAACUCCAAGACGAAGCGCAAGAAGCGGCGCGACAACGAGCAGAAGCAAAAGGAGAUUGUGCGCAUGCAGCUCAACAUGACGGCGCCCAUGGACAUUGGCAUGGAGCAGGCCGACGCCAUGGGCGAGGGCGCGCUGUUCGGUCUCAAGAAGAUGGACAAGACGACGGCCCUGCAGCGGAUUGCGCGGGGCAAGAUGGCGACGAUCAACCCCGAAAAGGCGGUGACCGCGGCGGAGCACGACGACAGCGACAGCGGCAUCGGCUCGUCGGCGGAGACGGACGAGGACGAGGACGACGAGGACGACGAGGAGGACCGCCUCGAGCGGGAGCUGGACGGCCAGUACGACCAGUACCAGGAGCGCCGGGCCGCUGUGGACGCCAAGCACAGAGCCAAGAAGGCACGCGAGCAUGGCGACGACGCCGAGUGGGAGGGUGUCUCGGCGGGCGAGAGCGACAUUGAGGACAGCGACGGCGACCUCGAAGAGGACAGCAGCGAUGACGACGGCGACGAGGGCGCGACCACCGCUGCGACCAAGUCUCUCCUGACGGACCUCGACAACAGCACACCCAACAAGAGCGGUCUGUCCAAACGCGCCCAGGACUUCUUCAGCCGGUCCGAGUUUACCGAUAUUAUGGGUGACGUAGACGAGCUCGAGGAGGAGGAGGAGGAGGAAGACGAUGACGACGACGAAGUCGAGGAGGAGCAGGAUGGCGAGUACGAAGAGGUGCAAAAUGCAGAGGAGGUGGAGGAGAUUGAGAUUGACGAGAACGAUGAGGACGAGGACGAGGACGACAUUAUGCCUACGAAGCAGGAGGUCGGCUCGGACAGCGAGGACGACGGCAACUUUGAGGUAGUCAAGCGCAGGCCGGUCGGCGACGAGGACGACUGGGAGGACGAGGACAGGCGCCGCGCUACCGCCGACGACAGCGUGGGCGUGGACAUUAUCACGGCCGAGAUGAUGACGCUCGCGCACGAUCUGGCGCUAGGCCGCAAGACCAAGCACGACGUCGUCGACGACCUGUACAACCGCCGCGCGUUCCGUGACAAGGACGGCCUGCCCGACUGGUUCCUCGACGACGAGUCCAAGCACGACAAGGUGCAGCGGCCCAUUACCAAAGCGGCUGCCGACGCCAUCAAGGAGAAGAUGCGUAUGCUGAACGCGCGGCCGAUCAAGAAGGUGCGCGAGGCGCAGGCGCGCAAGAAGUUCAAGGCGGCGCAGAAGCUCGAGAAGCUCAAGAAGAAGUCGGAGAUGCUGCUAGCGGACGAGGGCAUGACCGAAAAGGAAAAGGGCGACUCCAUCAGCAAGAUGCUCAGCAAGGCCGCCAAGAAGAAGCCCCAUAUCCCCAAGAAGGUGGUCGUGGCGCGGGGCUCCAACCGAGGCAUCCAGGGCCGACCCAAGGGCGUCAAGGGCCGCUACAAGAUUGUCGACCCGCGCAUGAAGAAGGACACGAGAGGUCUGAAGCGUGCGGCCCAGCGGGGCAACAAGAGACGCAAGUAG